AUGUGCAUCUGGAUCCCCAGCUUCCAGAACCUGACUGCGAAAGAGGAUGCCUUCACUGUUGGACGGCUUCGUUCUUAUGGUGGCCUUUUACUCGGCAAGACCAAUAUUCCUCCUAUGGCUAAUGGGGCCAUGCCGCGCGGCCUAUACGGUCGAGCCGAAAAUCUCUACAACAAGGCAUAUUUGACAGCAGCAUUCGCGCCAAGAGGCGUACUUUCCGUGCGCGGCAACUGGCCUUUGUUCUCAGACGCAGGCAUUGUGGAUCAUUACGCCCGAACGCUCCGGGACUUGCUGCAUGUCUUGGAUGUUAUCGUUGCAGAUGAUGAAAGUGUUGAGUCUGACUUCCAGAAAGGUCAGCCCUGGGUCCAAUUACCAGCCGCUAGCUCCGUUCGACAGCCUUCGACAAGUAAUUGUGCUCCGCGGAAAGCGCACUGA